GGAAAGGGGGGACAGACAUGGGGUCAGCGCCUCGACCCCCCCAAGGGCUCCAUGGACAGAAGAGCGAGGGCUUGUUCCCACAGCGGAAUCCCCAGCGGGGGCGCCCCGGCUGACCUCGUAGCACAGAGCGUGACUUCGGCAUUCCGGAUCUAAAAGCUGCAGGGGCCAGGUCAGGUGGCCCCCAGCUCUCAGGUUACAGACCUUCCGCCGUCCGCACCGCCGGGACUUCUUGGGACCUAGUAAGUACCCACAGGAAAUAAUAAGCAUUCACCAAAUGCUUAUUGGAGGAAAGCUCUGGCAUACCCAACACCACUGUUCCUAAGAAGUUCGAGAGAAUAUGCUUCAGUCCAGUCCCCGAAUGGCUGGUCUCCAGUUGGCGCCACAUCUGCCUGUGGGCGUUAUGCUCCCAUAUAAUAAAGCGGAAGCUCCAGGGCUCCUCUCAGCUAAGCAAGAGCCCUGUGAAAAAGGUGACUCUUCUCAGCGGUCCUCAAUGGGGCACCCGAGGAACAAUUUCCAGCAGAAGCUUUUGAGCAACAAAGAGCUGAUGCCGGAGAAUCUCUACACUCCCUCCAAAUGGAACACGUACAGCAAAGCUUGGAGCUCCUCCUAUCCCCAGUGUGUUGGAAUCAGCCAGCAGGAUUCCAGAAGCAGUCCCCAGGGCCAAGCAAAGGGUUUGUUUUACUCAUCAGAUCCUCAGUCCUGGUAUCCCAAAGCAGAUAACCAGGAAUUCAUCCCCUUUACAAAGAAGCGAGUUGGGGUGGACCGGGCAUACCCACUGAAACCUGUGUUCCACAGGAAGUCUCAUAGUAUGAGUGAGGCUGCCAUUGAUGGGGACCAGAAUGUCUCUCCAAGACCCCCUGAACCAAGAGGGUUUCCAUACAGCAGCGUUGGUUCAAGGAACUGGGAGAAUUCAUCUGGGGUUUGUGCUGUUGCUGCCACACAGGAGGAGAGGGCCGUGGCACAUCCCAACAGGACUGAACGGGUGCAGAUCCAAAGACUAGAAGCUGCAGGGGAGAGCUUACGGGAGGAAAUCCGAAGAAAAGAGACCCUCCUAAGGGAAAAGCUGAAGAAGACAGAGGAGGAACUCAGAAGGAUCCAGAAAGAAGAGGAACAGGCUAAGGAAAAUGAAAAAAGAGAGCUACAGAGAAUGACACUCCCCAGGAGGAGAGUUAAAGGUAACAGCAACACCACAUACAAAUCUACCUUCUCCCCAGAACUGGGGGCUGAGGAGGUCUUCAGCAGACACAGGGGAGAGGAUGAAACUAGAGGAUGGCCUCAGGAAAAUUCUAGUCCACUCCAGUUCUCUGAUUAUGGAAUACAGAAGCUCAAAAGGGAAAGACUGGUGGCGAGCAAUAACAAAAUCCGAGACUUAGUCUCAGGGCCACCCAAAGAGUUCUCUCAGUCUUCAGGAGUGCCAGGCCAUGCUUCACGGGGAUCCACCAGCAAUUCUAGUCUGUCCAGGGCACCAGGCUCCUCAGUUUCCAGCUGUUCUACCGAGGAGCCAGAACUUGGCGAAUGUAGCCAUUGUGGACGCAAGUUCCUGCUGCUCAGACUGGAGAGACACUCCAACGCCUGCAGCAGGACGCAGAGUUCCAAGAGGAAAGUGUUUGACUCCGCCAAGGCCCGGGCCAAGGGCACAGAACUAGAGCAGUACUUGAACUGGAAGGGAUCAGCCUCAGUCCAGGCUGAACCUCCUCGGAAGAGCAACUGGAGACAGAAGCAUGAGUCUUUCAUCUGUACCCUCCGUCAGGCUCGAGAAGUCCAGCAGGUAAUUGCCAAAGGUGGAAACCCCUCAGACUUGCCUCCUAUCCUGCCUGCAGAAAAUCCAGAUUAUAUUCAGUGUCCUCACUGCAGUCGCCACUUUGCCCCCAAGGUGGCCGAGCGGCACAUUCCCAAGUGUAAGACCAUCAAGAACCGGCCUCCGCCUCCAAGGAAGCAUCCCAGUUGAGCGGACAACAGUGGAAGCCUCCUUGAUAAUUCAGAAGGCUCUGCUUCUCGUCAGCAGUAAAUGGGAGUACAAUAAUUUGAUGGAAAACAGAACGAAAAGUUUUAUACCUCCCUCAUCUGCCUGCAGAGCUUCAAUCAGUGAGGAGAGACCCUUUGCUAAGCAGCAGGAGGCAAAAGGAAGCCUCAGCUUCCCACUCACUAAAUUACCAGCUCAGGCUGGAGUGCCUUGUUAUUGCCCUAAGAACAGAUGGCUGAAGGAAGACACUCGAGAGGCGAGCGGGCUACAUUAAAGCUCUCUUCUCGCAAGCCCGACUUGUGAUGUGUGCUGGUUAAGUGCCUGCA